AUGAACCAUCUAAUGCAGGAAAGCUAUAUAGGCGAUUCCUUACAGCAUGUUUUACUCGGAGAGUUUAUAACCGGAGAAGAACUACUGAUUGGUGGAUCGAGAGAUCGACUGUUUCUCUACCGUAUACAGGAGGGCCACUUAGUUAAGAUAAAGGAGAAGCGCUUAUUUGGCUGUAUUUUAGGCAUUGAGUUAGUCCGUGAAGGUGGCUGCGAUAAGAGCAGUGAUGGUAUUUUAGUUCAUUUUGAGUAUGCUCGGACUUCUAAUGUCUAUUUUAGUGAGUCUGAGAAUGAUUUUGUCUGUACUGUUCUACGUUGCUAUGAAAAGCAGGAGUAUGGAUUUGUUUCUACUACUGAAAAGAUUCCUUCUUUUCUACGGACUGAUAUGCACCAUGAUAUCUCUUUUUUACUGAUUUCAAAAACCCAUUUUGUUAUCUUCAAUACUUCUGAGCCUAAAAGAGCUCGAGUUGAUCGAGUGAAUACAAUUAGACCUAAACAUUGUGUAAUGAAAGAUGCUCGGUUUUUAAAUGGUUUUACUUCACCUACUAUUUGUUUCUUAUUUGAAGAUACGAUGGCUGAUAAGUGUAAAGCAGCUGUUUAUGUGGUUGAUGAGGAAGAGAAAGAAUUGUCUUUGUUUUUUGAGAUAGAAUCAAUUCCGCACGGUUGUUUUGAAAUUGUGCCAACGGAAGAGAAGGCUUUUAUGGUCUUGGGAGCGAAUGGAGCUAUCUUUUAUACGCAAUGGGAGAUGGUUGGGGUACGGUUUAAUGAUUUUUGGUCGAUUGCUCAGAUGGGAAUUGAUGAACGGCCUUUAGCUGGUCCUCAUUUUGUUCUGGAUCAGGCUUUGUGUUUGACUAAGGGUCGGAAUCUCUUUGUCUUUGCUGAGACUGGGUUCUUAAGGUUUACUAUUCUGGGCACGGAAGGUCGUGUGCGCAGUUUACAUGCUGAACGGAUGGACUUGCCAGGUAUUGAGCCGGAUAGACAGUUUAGUGGGUAUACGGGUCAGAAUCAGUGUGUAGUAAGUACUGCCCGUGGCUUGUACCUCUUUGACCUUGUACGUACGGAAACUUUCCCUGAUGAUUCUAAUACGCAGGAAGUUCUUACGGUAGCUGAUGAGUUUAAGAAGACAUUCUUGGAUAUUCUUGAUGAGUUUCCAACUAGCUCAUCCGAUCAGCCGAGUUCACAAGAGAACAACAGUCCACGCGGUUCUUCAACUAAAGACUCGACUCUCUUAUCUAUCUCAGCCAAAGACGAAGAAAGAAUCUACCAGGAAAUCUUUGGUACAACUAUAGAAGAAACACCACCGCAGCUGUAUCAAAGUACCCAAGGUAUUUUCACUCAUACUUUGCGCUUAUCUCUAUCUAAGCCUACUAUUGGUGAGGUUCAUUCGAUUACUCCGAUGCUUUAUACUGAUAAGAAGAAAGAGUACUUGAUUUCUGGUGGAACGGCCCAACAUCCUUUACUUAUUGAAGGCCGGGAAGGCAUUGAGCUUUUAUUUACUGAAACUUCACGGAUUAAGGGUUAUGCUGAUAUGUUUUUGGUUAGUGCGAUCAAUAAGACUUAUUUAGUUACUAAAGAGAAAGAAUCGACUAUUGUUUGUUGGCAUGAGUCGAUUGAUAUAGUUGAAAGUGGAGUGCAUGCGGAGGAGUAUACUUUAGAACUCUUUGCUACUGCUACGGGGUAUGCUCAAGUCACGGAACGGGCGAUUGUUUAUUUAAAGCCUUCCCUAGCGAAAGAGAAGGAAGUAUCUAUUCCGGAAGCCCAUACGGCCUUUAUUAGUGACGGUCUUAUCUUUAUUAUUACCAAAACAGGCGAUAUGCUAUCUUAUCGUGGUUUGCGCAAAUCAAUUAUUCCGCUUAAAAACAUUCAGGCGGCUACUGUGCAUAAUGGCCGACUUUUUGCUAUUGAUUAUUCCGGGUGUUUCUUUAUCUUCUCUUUGGCGGCUAAACAGGUUCUUUUUGUUUCGCCGGUCUUAUCUUUAUUCCCGGCUGUGAUUGAAGAUGCCACUAACUUGCCACAAAUGGCUGGUUUAGCUAAACAAGCAGCUACUCAUGCUGCUACAGUCGUUGAAAUUGCUGCUUUACAAAUUAGUGAUUCACCCGCCUCUUCUUUCUAUCUUAUCCUGCGUACUAACCAUAAUGAAGUGGUGGUGUACAAGGAGUCUAAUAAGGGCACGUUCUUCUUGGAACGAAUAUCUAAUAUUCAGUUGUACUAUGAAAGGACUCUCUUUGCCGAGGAGACUAAGCGGAAGAAGAUGCGUAUCUGUCGUGAUUUACUCUUUAUUCCCGGCCAGGCUUAUACACGCGUACUGGCCUUUACUAAAGAAGGACUGUUCAUGCACCGUUGCCAUACGCCGAUUGAAAGUAUUUCGGAGUAUCCUCAUGAUGAUAAACGGAUGUUUACUAUUCUAGCUAAAGGUAAUUUGGCCCGGGGAUUCUUGCCGCCAUUUAAGUAUGAUAAGUCUUUGCUUUAUCAGAUUACACCUAUUGAGAGUAUUUGUGAAACAAUUGUGCACUGUCCGACUCGUAAGAUAGUUAUUGCCUCUUCUUAUCAAGAGAUUGAUUAUACACCAGAAAUGGUUCCUUUUACUGUUCUAGCUACGACUGAGGUUGAUUCAACGCCUUUGCCGACUCCGACGAUUUCUCCCAUUGAGAUCAAGCCUAAAACAAGAGCUUACUCUUUGAAGAUCUUCUCUUUAGAGGAGAUGAAGACUUGUAAGGCGGGUGAUGUGCUUAGGUCGGUUGAUACGUUUAAUUUAGAGGAGAACGAGUAUGUUGCUUCCCAUAAGAUUUUGACUCUUCCUGAUAAGCAGAGUACUACGGGCUUCUCUGAUUUUAGUGUGGUUUGUACUACUUUUGUGACUGAUGAAGAUCUUAUCUCGACUGGUCGUUUACUUGUGCUGGAAAUAGCUUCAGUUGUCCCGGAACGUAACCGGAAAGAAACCAAGCAUAAGUUGAAGUUGCUCGCGGCUGAAAAGACUAAAGGAGCAGCUACAGCUUGUGCUGAGAUUUGUGGUAGUAUUGCGGUCUGUGUUGGUACAAAGUUAAUGGUUUAUGCUUUUGAGCGGAAUGAAGGCCUUAAAGCAGUCGCUUUUCAUGAUAUGCAAGUCUUUCUUACUUCUUGUGCCGUACUUAGGAACAUAUUAGUCUGUGGUGAUGCUUAUAAAGGUGUUUUCCUCUUCUUCUAUCAGCGCGAGCCACCUUUGUUGCAUAUGCUAUCGCAAAGCACGGGAACAGUCUAUUUACUGCGGGGUGUGAGUAUGUCCUUGCUGCAUGAGUCUUGUGCUUUGCUUUCUUAUGACUCUAUCCGGCACGUUUAUAUGUACAGCUACUCACCCCAGAACAUUCUUUCUCAAAAGGGCACCCGUUUAAUCAGUCGGGCCGAAUGUCAUUUACCAGAUGAAGCAGUCGGGUCUUUUAUGGUUGAUUGUCUUGGCCACAACUACCAAACUAUUAUCUACACUAAGCACGGGUAUAUUUACAAACACAGAAUGCUUGACCAGAAUAGGUACUCAUCACUAUUGGACUUACAACACUCUAUUCUAACCCAAAUCAGGUCUUCACUUGGUACUAACCCGGCUGCUCACUGGAUAUCUGAUAAGCCCGGAGAAAUGAGAGAUAUUACCUUAAAAGAAGUCUUACAAUCAAGUAUUGCCGAAGAGUACUUCUAUAUGAGCCGAGUUCGCCAGGCCCGAGCCAGUUCUACCGCCGGUCGAGACUCAUCCGGAGCCGUCAAACUCGAAUUACUCGUCUACCGUCAAGGCUAA